CCUAUUCAUUUCCGGCAGACCCGGACAUGACGUAUUUUCCUCGCUGUUUUCUUUUGCUCUAAAUUAGUAUAGUACAUUUCGUGGACAGAAUGGCAAACAUCGGAGAUAAUGAGCUGGAACAGCUCGAAUACCUUUCGUUGGUGUCCAAAGUGUGCACAGAACUUGACAACCACCUGGGGAUAAGCGAUAAAGAUCUAGCCGAAUUUGUCAUCAGCCUUGCCGAAAAGGAACCAACAUUUGACGGCUUCAAGUCACUUCUAUUGAAAAAUGGAGCUGAAUUUACAGAUUCACUCGUCGGCAAUUUGCUCAGACUUAUUCAGACGAUGCGACCUCCACCAAAGGCAUCUUCUAGCAAAGUCCUUGAACCUGUGGUCAAACAGAAGAAUAAGAAGGAAAAACUGAAAGAGUUGUUUCCUGCAUUAUGCCGCCCAGAUGAUCCUGCUCCCAAGGCAAUACUAGAUGAAGACGAUGUGAAGAUUGCAGACGCCGCCAUGAAGGAGUUGGAGAUGUUCAUGCCCAGUGUAAGUCGCUCAGACUCAAAGAGCAAGAGCAGGUCGGACAAAAAGAAGCGACACAGCAGAAGUCGAAGCAGAAGCCGGGACAGGAAGAGACGGCACCGCUCUCGGUCGCGCUCUCGGUCUCACUCCAGGGACCGCCAGAGAGACCGUGACCGCGAGAGGGACCGGGAUCGUAGCAAGAAACGUGCGUCUCGCUGGAACGAGCGCAGCCGCUCCCCCAGCCGGGACAGGGACCUCAAGGAAGGCUCAGACCGGUGGAAGGACAAACACGUGGACCGGCCUCCACCAGAGGAGCCUACCGUGGGGGACAUCUUCAAUGGCAAAGUCACCAGCAUCAUGCAGUUUGGCUGCUUCGUGCAGCUGGAGGGCCUGAGGAAACGAUGGGAGGGCUUGGUCCACAUCUCCGAGCUACGCAGAGAGGGACGUGUUGCCAAUGUGGCCGAUGUGGUCCAGAAAGGCCAAAGGGUCAAGAUCAAGGUGCUGUCUUUCACCGGCUCUAAGACCAGUCUCAGCAUGAAGGAUGUGGACCAGGAAACAGGGGAGGACCUGAACCCCAAUCGGAGGAGAAACCAGGGUCCAGAUGGUGAGGAGGAGACAAAGAUGAGGAACCCUGAUCGCCCAACCAACCUCAACCUGGGCCACGCCCCCGAGUUAGAGGACGACACACUGGAGCGUAAGAGGCUCACCAAGAUAUCAGACCCUGAGAAGUGGGAGAUCAAACAGAUGAUUGCCGCCAACGUUCUUUCUAAAGAGGAGUUCCCCGACUUUGAUGAGGAGACCGGUAUCCUACCCAAAGUAGACGACGAAGAAGAUGAGGACCUAGAGAUCGAACUGGUGGAGGAGGAGCCCCCGUUCCUUAGGGGGCACACUAAACAGAGUAUGGACAUGAGCCCCGUGAAGAUUGUCAAGAAUCCGGACGGCUCCCUGUCCCAGGCGGCCAUGAUGCAGAGUGCUUUAGCUAAGGAGAGGAGGGAGGUGAAGCAGGCUCAGCGAGAGGCUGAGAUGGACUCCAUUCCCAUGGGCCUUAACAAGCAUUGGGUGGACCCCCUUCCUGACGUUGACGGUAGGCAGAUUGCGGCCAACAUGAGAGGCAUCGGCAUGAUGCCGACCGACAUCCCGGAGUGGAAAAAACAUGCCUUUGGGGGCAACAAGGCCUCUUACGGCAAGAAGACACAAAUGUCCAUCCUGGAGCAGAGGGAAAGCCUGCCCAUCUACAAGCUCAAGGAGCAACUCAUACAGGCCGUCCAUGAUAAUCAGAUCCUGAUUGUGAUCGGGGAGACGGGCUCCGGGAAGACCACCCAGAUCACCCAGUACCUUGCCGAGGCGGGCUACACCACUCGGGGGAAGAUCGGCUGCACCCAGCCUCGUCGUGUGGCGGCCAUGUCUGUAGCCAAGAGAGUGUCUGAGGAGUACGGUUGUUGUCUGGGCCAGGAGGUAGGGUACACCAUCCGUUUUGAGGACUGCACCAGCCCUGAGACGGUGAUCAAGUACAUGACGGACGGUAUGUUGCUGAGGGAGUGUCUGAUUGACCCGGACCUGGGCCAGUAUGCCAUCAUCAUGUUGGACGAGGCCCACGAGAGGACCAUCCACACUGACGUGCUUUUCGGUUUGCUCAAAAAGACAGUGCAGAAACGCACAGACAUGAAGCUUAUUGUGACUUCGGCCACGCUAGACGCUGUCAAGUUUUCCCAAUACUUCUACGAAGCGCCCAUCUUCACCAUCCCAGGACGUACCUAUCCAGUGGAGGUGCUUUACACAAAAGAGCCCGAGACGGACUACCUGGAUGCCAGUCUCAUCACUGUCAUGCAGAUCCACCUCACCGAACCCCCAGGCGACGUCCUGGUGUUUUUGACGGGUCAGGAGGAGAUUGACACGGCCUGUGAGAUCUUGUAUGAGCGGAUGAAGUCCCUGGGACCGGAUGUGCCUGAACUCAUCAUCCUGCCAGUGUACUCAGCCCUUCCCAGCGAGAUGCAGACCCGUAUUUUCGACCCUGCUCCGCCCGGCAGCAGAAAGGUUGUCAUUGCCACUAACAUUGCCGAGACGUCUCUGACCAUUGACGGUAUCUACUAUGUGGUGGACCCAGGCUUCGUGAAGCAAAAGGUCUACAACUCCAAGACUGGUAUCGACCAGCUGGUGGUGACCCCUAUCUCACAGGCCCAAGCCAAGCAGCGGGCUGGUAGAGCUGGAAGAACCGGGCCGGGGAAGACCUACAGGCUUUACACAGAGAGAGCUUACAGAGACGAGAUGCUCACCACAAACGUGCCUGAGAUCCAGAGAACUAACCUGGCCAGCACUGUGCUGUCACUCAAGGCCAUGGGCAUCAAUGACCUUCUGUCCUUUGACUUCAUGGACGCUCCUCCUAUGGAGACACUGAUCACAGCCAUGGAGCAGCUCUACACUCUGGGCUCUCUGGACGAUGAAGGGUUACUCACUCGCCUCGGACGCCGGAUGGCCGAGUUCCCCCUGGAGCCCAUGCUGUGUAAGAUGCUGAUCAUGUCAGUCCACCUGGGAUGCAGCGAGGAGAUGCUCACCAUCGUCUCCAUGUUGUCUGUGCAGAACGUGUUCUACCGGCCCAAGGACAAACAGGCCCUGGCUGACCAGAAGAAGGCCAAGUUCCACCAGGCUGAAGGAGACCAUCUCACCCUGCUGGCUGUCUAUAACUCUUGGAAGAACAACAAGUUCUCCAACCCAUGGUGCUAUGAGAACUUUAUUCAAGCCCGCUCACUGCGCAGAGCCCAGGACAUCCGCAAACAGAUGCUGGGCAUCAUGGACAGACAUAAACUGGACGUGGUCUCCUGUGGAAAGGCCACGGUGCGUGUACAGAAAGCCAUCUGCAGUGGUUUCUUCCGGAACGCGGCCAAAAAGGAUCCCCAGGAGGGCUACCGUACCCUCAUUGACCAGCAGGUGGUGUACAUCCACCCCUCCAGUGCCCUGUUCAACCGCCAGCCGGAGUGGGUGGUGUACCAUGAACUGGUGCUGACUACAAAGGAGUACAUGCGGGAGGUGACCACCAUCGACCCGCGCUGGCUAGUGGAGUUCUCGCCGGCCUUCUUCAAGGUGUCUGACCCAACUCGCCUCAGCAAGCAGAAGAAACAGCAGCGCCUCGAGCCACUCUACAACCGCUACGAAGAGCCGAACGCUUGGAGAAUCUCCCGGGCCUUCCGUCGGCGCUAGACUACGCAUCCUGUAUGUCCAGGGGAGGGGGGGGGGGGGGGCAGCUGGUGGAGAAAUAAAACAGAGACUUUGUCUGUGCCCACAGGCCUUGUUAGCUGUUACUUGUAAUAUGUCAUUGAAAAAGUUGGGCUGUAUUUUCUACUUGUUUUGGACAUUUGUAAAUAUUUGUUAUUUGUCUGAACUUAUCAUUUUAAUCUGAAGUACUGGGAGGCCGAAUUUGACUUUAUUAAACUGUAAAAAAGUUAGAUCCACUAAUCUUGAGAUUUUCUUUGAGAAAUAUUUAAAAUAAAUUUUCUAAGAAUUCAAUGACAGCAUUUUCUUUAGUGAAAUUAAAAUUGGCCUUCGGUCAUCUUGGCGGUGUUAUUGGGGGUACAGUGAAAUUGUAUGGGAUUGAUACUAGGCAGUAAUUUCAAUGUCUUUGUAUGAGUAUGGGUGUAGUUCAAUCGUCUGUUUUGCAGCAGAAUGGUGGUAUAUGAAUACGCUCCCAGUUUUAAGAUGGAAGUUAAUAUUAUUAGACUGUUUCAUACUGUACUACGAUGGGAAUAUACUCCGGCGUUGUGCUUUGACUGCUUUACUGUUCCAGCGUAAUCCUAACAUUAAAUACUGUAUUGCUCUCUUA